CAGACUCUAUAUAUGUUCUCAACCGGCUGCGAGAGAACUCCAAAUCAUACUUUCCUUUCAUUCGCCUAGUUCUGUAUCCUCUUAGGCAAAGAUGUUGGCAUUGAGAGCUUUUAUAGGUGUUGCGACGAUAGCAGCUCUUGUUCAGGUGGCAAUCGGCGCAAGUUUCCCCGUCGGAGGCCAAAAUGGUGGAUGGGAUCUGAGCACCAACCUGGCAUCAUGGGCUGCAACCCAGAAGUUCAUCGCUGGGGACAGCCUGACUUUCAAAUACGCAUCAUUUCAUGACGUGCUCGAGGUGUCGAAGGCGGAGUACGAUGCAUGCGCGACAAGCAAACCAACGAACACUUACACAGGUGGAAGCACCGUCGUCAAGCUUUCAUCGCCGGGGAAGAGAUACUUCAUCUGCGGGACACCAGGGCACUGCAGCCAAGGGAUGAAGGUCGAAAUCGACGUGGUUUCUGCCGCCACCGCAACUCCACCAACGGCUGCCCCUGCUUCUCCACCCCUCCCCAUGUCUUCCCCACCAACUGAAGCCCCAAAAUCUUCUAAGCCUUCCAAGGCUGCACCAUCAAAAGCUCCUUCGAGCUCGCCGGCGACCAUUUCUCCGUCCCCCGAGCCAUCAGCUUCAGAUUUGCCUGCGACCACCACUUCACCGGCACCACCACCCCGGUCAGCGGCUAAUGGACUUGGUCAGGAUAUAAAGGUCGCAAUGGGGUUCGGGGUGGGGAUGCUCUUGGUUUUGUCUCUAUGAGCACAAGCUAGAGAGGAUUUGUAUUUGAACUGAGUAUCAUUUUGUUGAGCCACUUGCUUUCUAUUUUACCAUUUAUUUUUUCUGAUGUCGAUAGUUUUUUGAGCUGUUUCUCCUGGGGAUUAUAUGUGGAUCUCUGCUCUUCAAUAAGAAAUCUCAAAAUUUUAUUAA